UCCAUAUAACAUGUAAAGUUGUCUGUGUUAUUAGUUUCGCAGACUGGUGCAAAGUUCACUCAAAGGUUGACCGGUUGACAAUGUCGGGAUUAAGGGUUAUCGUUGGCUGUAAACGUGUGAUCGACUAUGCUGUCAAGAUCCGUGUGAAGCCUGACAAGAUGGGCGUGGUCACAGAGGGGGUGAAGCACAGCAUGAACCCCUUCGACGAGAUCGCCAUCGAGGAGGCCAUCCGGAUGAAGGAGAAGAAGAUCGCCAGCGAGGUGAUCGCUGUGUCGUGCGGUCCUCCACAGUGUCAGGAAACGCUGCGAACUGCCAUGGCGAUGGGAGCGGACAAGGCUAUCCUCGUGGAGCUGGACGCCAAACAGGCCGAGACGGUUCAGCCGCUUCAUGUGGCCAAAAUACUGGCCAAGAUAUCCCAGGAGGAGAAAGCUGAUGUCAUCAUUGUUGGGAAACAGGCAAUUGAUGGCGACUGCAACCAGACGGGACAGAUGACUGCUGCCCUGCUGGACUGGCCACAGGCAACAUUUGCGUCAGAGGUCAUCAAGAAUAACGGAGACUUGACGGUGACGCGGGAAGUAGACGGAGGCCUGGAAACAAUCAAAGUCAAACUCCCGGCCGUCAUCACUGCAGAUCUGCGUCUUAAUGAACCUCGAUAUGCCACACUCCCUAACAUCAUGAAAGCCAAGAAGAAGCCGCUGGCCAAGAAGAAGGCAAGUGACUACGGGGUGGACCUGACCCCCACGCACCAGAUCCUGUCCGUGGAGGACCCACCUGUCCGGGAGGCGGGCCAGAAGCUGGAGACCACAGAGGACCUGGUUGCCAAGUUGAGGGAGGCGGGGCUCGUGCCCUCAUGAUGACAGAAGGAUCCUCCCCACAAUAGAAUUGUAUGUAUGUAACCAAGAAGAGUUGUCUCCCUUGAUAUCAGGUGCAUGAUGGGACUCUGCCAGUGAUUGCGCCCUGUGUGUAUGUUGCCAUGGAAUUACUCUGUCUGUAAUUACUCUGUAAAGUAUGUAAUUAUAAUUGUGUUGAUGAGAGUUUUGUGUGUGAUGAAUUAAAUAUUUAGGACAC